UGGGCAUUGGUGUCGUUUGCGAACUUAACGCUAGAAGUACAAUACAGACAUUAUGCAUAAUACUGCAUAUUACUGCAUAUUAAUAACUGCAUAUUAAUAGUUGGCAAAUCAAAAUUUAGAAGCGCCGUGAUGUUGUUGUGUAGACCCCAGCUCUAGGUUAAUUGCCUAUUAGUAGGUGAAACAUGAGUACUGGUAUCGUUAUGUAUGAACUCGGUUCACUUUUCGUGUGAUCGGCGUAUUUUUGCCAUCUGUUGAUUUCAUGAUGCUAAUUCGUGCAAUACCGAUUUCACAUUUAAAAGAUGGUUAGCCUUGCCGACAAACAUUUGGGCCUUCCUGUGGCAUUUGUCGCCGAUGACUUCGAUGACGAGGAGGAUCCUGUGAUGUAUCUUUUGAAAGAAUGUGUUAAGUUUGUGAAUCAUCCGCACGCUUGCGAAGACGUGACGACAUUGCAAGAGAACUUCGAAAGUGCGAGGGCAAUUUGUGACAUGUCCUGGGAGAUGUUAAACAUAGGUGACUGGAAGGACGUCCCACCGCGUUGGAGGCGGAUGUACAGCUACGGCAGUUUACUGAAAGCACUUUGUGAACUUGGGCAGGCGAAACCGACGGAGGAUGUUCUGAACACCUGUGACAGG